CCACCAGGGAACAAACACAUUACAGUCAGAAAAAACACAUCCAGCAAUUACAGCGGAAAAACAUUCAAAGCCACAAGACGGAGGUCACUCACACGAAACGAAGAUGCCACAAACGAAAGGCUCAACAAAGCACGAGGAAGGAGCAUCCUCCUUGCAGUCGCCGGAGAGCGUAUCGCAUUUGAGUCGAGAGAGUACAACACCAUUAUAUACCUCCACAGACAGCAGUGGCGUUGCCGCAAGCACGGUGGAGAACAGUGGUGCUAACAAUCCCACGCCUCCUGCCGCCUCAGUGACACAACAUGAUUCCGAGGGAGAUACUGGCCCCGCUGCUCCGCCAGCCAGCAACACCGAAUUGCAAUCAGAGGAAAUACCCAACGCAGUUAUAAUUGCCACGACGUAUGAUGACGUCAACGACAGCAGCCGUGCAGCUCCUACUGCUGAAAGGACUACCGCUGGCACAAGAAGCACUCAAACCUCUGGUGAUGCGGGUGACCUUGAACGGGCCAAUAACGACGACGUCAAUGAUGACGUGGCACGCAACGGUAAGACCGCCGAAUUUGAAGCCGCCUCGGGAGACAGGAACACUGAGGCAGAUAAUGAUGAGAGAUACACAACAGUACCAGAGACCGCCACCAAUAAAACAAUCAAUACAGAGAUACCAGCUGACAGCGCCGGCAUCACCGCGGUGUCCCACACCACCUCCCCUCUUUUGCUUCUUCUUGUUGCGUGUGCGGCUGCUGCUGUGGUGGCCGCGUGAGAG